AUGACCACUCAGCAGCCCAUUCGCAUCGGACUGAUUGGCGCCAACAUACACCAGGGAUGGUCGCCGCGGGCGCACCUGCCGGCGCUGGCCGCCCACCCCGAUUUCGACCUCGCCGCCGUGUGCACCACGCGCCAGGAGUCGGCGGACGAGGCCAGGGCCGCCUUCAACGCCGGCAGCGCGUGGAACGACUACAACCGGAUGCUGGCGGACGCCGACAUUGAGGCGGCCACGAUCUCCUUGCGGGUGCCCAGCCACUACGAGCCGACCACCGCCGCGCUGCGAGCCGGCAAGCACACCUUCACCGAGUGGCCGUUGGGUCGGACCACCGAGGAAGCCAUCGAGAUGGCCGAUCUCGCCCGGGAGCGCGGAGUGAAGACGGCCGUGGGUCUGCAGGCGCGCGCCAAUCCCGCCAUCGCCCACCUGCGCAACCUGGUGGCCGACGGUUACGUGGGUCGUGUGAUGACCUGCCACGUGCGGCUGAUGCGCGAGGGUGUGCUCUCGCGGGAUUCGGGGCGCACCUGGCAGCGGGACAACGAGUUGGGCGCGCACACCCUGACCAUCGCCUGCGGGCACACCAUCGACGCCCUGUGCAGCGUUGUCGGCGAGUUCGCCGACGUGGCCACCGUGGUCAGCACCCAGGCCUCCACCUGGCACGAGAGCGACACCGGUCAGGACCUGCCGGUGACGUCGCCGGACAACAUCCUCGUGAGCGGGAACCUGCAGAGCGGCGGCGUCGGCUCGGUUCAAAUCGGCAGCACCCCCUGGGCCGGCAGCGGCUACCGCAUGGAGAUCUACGGCGAGGAGGGCACGCUGGUGGCCGUCUCCGUCGACUCGCCGCAGAUGCAGCAGGUCACCAUCCGGGGCGCCCGCGGCGGCAGCAACGAGUUGCAGGACCUGACACCUGCCGAGGAGCUGCACCUGGCGCCGGAAAUCCCCGGCGGCACCGCCUACAACGUCGGUCAGCUGUACAGCCGGUUCGCCGCGUCGAUCCGCGGCACGGCCAACGGCGACGCGCUGCCCGACUUCGACCACGCGGUGGAAUUGCACCGGUUCAUCGACGCCAUUCGCCAGUCCAGCGACGAGGGGCAGCGGGUUGCCGUGGCGUGA